AUGGCUACUUUUGAAGAAUAUAUACAACAAAAUGAAGAUAGAGACGGAAUACGUUUCACUUGGAAUGUCUGGCCCUCCAGUAGAAUCGAGGCUGCUCGUUUGGUGGUUCCUUUAGGGUGCCUUUAUCAGCCUGUUAAGGAGCGUCCUGAUUUACCUCCAAUUCAAUAUGAUCCUGUUCUUUGCACUAGGAAUAAUUGUCGGGCUAUUUUAAAUCCCUUGUGUCAAGUUGAUUAUAGAGCAAAGUUGUGGGUUUGCAAUUUCUGCUUUCAAAGGAAUCCCUUUCCUCCCCAAUAUGCUGCUAUUUCAGAACAGCACCAACCGGCAGAACUAAUGCCUACAUUUUCUACAAUUGAGUAUACAAUUACAAGAGCCCAGUGUCUUCCUCCUAUUUUUCUAUAUGUGGUAGACACAUGCAUGGAUGAGGAGGAACUAGGAGCUCUUAAAGACUCCCUACAAAUGUCACUCAGUUUACUUCCUUCAAAUGCAUUGAUUGGCUUAAUAACUUUUGGUAAAAUGGUUCAAGUACAUGAAUUAGGUACAGAAGGUUGUAGUAAGUCAUAUGUAUUUAGAGGAACAAAGGAUCUCACUGCUAAACAGAUUCAGGAAAUGUUGGGACUAACAAAAGUUGCUGCAGUUCCUCAUCAGCAGCAGCCUCAAAUGCGAGGAGGUCCUCAUCCACCAGCUGCACCCCCAUCAAGUCGUUUUCUUCAACCUAUUGCCAAUUGUGACAUUUGCUUGACAGACUUGAUUGGGGAAUUACAAAGAGACCCUUGGCCUGUGCCUCAAGGAAAAAGACCACUUCGUUCAACCGGUGCUGCCCUUUCAAUUGCUGUGGGACUUUUAGAAUGCACCUAUCCAAACACUGGAGCUCGUAUUAUGAUGUUUUUGGGUGGCCCAUGUUCUCAAGGACCUGGUCAAGUUGUUAAUGAUGACUUGAAGCAACCCAUUAGAUCUCAUCAUGAUAUCCACAAGGACAAUGCUAGAUAUAUGAAAAAAGCUAUUAAGCACUAUGAAGGUCUUGCUGUGCGUGCAGCCACUAAUAGUCAUUGUGUGGACAUUUACUCAUGCGCUUUGGAUCAAACAGGCCUUAUGGAAAUGAAGCAAUGCUGUAAUUCGACGGGGGGCCACAUGGUGAUGGCAGAUUCGUUCAAUUCAUCCCUCUUCAAGCAGACAUUUCAAAGGGUGUUUGCUCGUGAUCAAAAAGGUGAUCUUAAGAUGGCUUUUAAUGCUGUUUUGGAAGUCAAAUGUUCACGAGAAUUAAAAGUUCAAGGUGCAAUAGGUGCCUGUGUAUCAUUAAAUGUAAAGAGCCCAUUGGUGGCAGAUUCAGAGAUAGGGAUGGGCAACACUGUACAAUGGAAGAUGUGUACACUGAUGCCUAAUAACACAACUGCUUUAUUCUUUGAGGUGGUUAAUCAGCACUCUGCUCCUAUACCGCAAGGCGGUCGGGGCUGUGUACAGUUCAUUACGCAAUAUCAGCAUUGCAGUGGCCAAAAAAGAAUAAGGGUUACCACGAUAGCACGUAACUGGGCUGAUGCAGCUACAAAUUUACAUCACAUAAGUGCAGGUUUCGACCAAGAGGCUGCGGCCGUCCUCAUGGCUCGGAUGGUUGUAUAUCGGGCCGAAAGUGACGAUGGACCCGACGUUCUUCGAUGGGUAGACAGGAUGUUGAUACGAUUAUGUCAAAAAUUUGGAGAAUAUAAUAAGGACGAUCCGGGUAGUUUCCGGCUUAGUGAGAACUUUAGUUUGUAUCCUCAGUUCAUGUACCAUCUGCGUAGAUCUCAAUUUUUGCAAGUGUUUAAUAAUUCGCCCGAUGAAACGUCCUUUUAUCGACAUAUGCUAAUGCGAGAAGAUCUUACACAGUCUCUGAUCAUGAUUCAACCAAUUUUAUACAGCUAUAGUUUUAAUGGGCCUCCUGAACCAGUGUUGUUGGACACCAGCUCUAUUCAACCUGACAGAAUCCUUCUGAUGGACACGUUUUUCCAGAUUUUGAUUUUCCAUGGAGAGACAAUAGCGCAAUGGAGAAGCCUGAAGUACCAGGACAUGCCCGAAUACGAAAACUUCCGACAACUUCUACAAGCACCGGUUGACGAUGCCCAAGAGAUUUUGCAAACUAGAUUCCCAAUGCCCCGAUACAUUGAUACGGAACAAGGAGGUUCUCAAGCGAGAUUUUUACUAUCCAAAGUAAAUCCAAGUCAAACGCAUAAUAAUAUGUAUUCAUAUGGGGGAGACUCUGGAGCUCCAGUACUCACUGAUGAUGUAUCAUUGCAAAUAUUUAUGGAUCAUUUAAAAAAGCUGGCAGUAUCUUCAACAGCAUAAAUAAUAAUGUAAAAUGUAGCCAAUUUAUGAUUAUUGUAAACUAUAAUUUUUGCUAUGUAUAUUUUUAGGUGU